AUGCACACUCUCAAUUCUUCUGAAAUCGAGAUCACCACCUUCUUCCUGAUUGUAAUCCCAGGUCUGAAGCAUAUUCACAUAUGGCUCUCCCUUCCCAUCUGCCUCAUGGACCUGGUGGCCAUCCUGGGUAACUGCACCAUCCUCUUUGUGAUUGGGACUGAGCCCUCACUCCACGCACCCAUGUACUAUUUCCUUUCUAUGUUGGCUGUUUCUGACCUGAGCCUGUCCUUCUCUUCCCUCCCUACUAUGCUGCGGAUCUUUGUGUUCAAUGCCACAGGAAUCUCUCCAAAUGGCUGCUUUGCUCAGGAGUUCUUUAUCCAUGGAUUCAUAGACAUGGAGUCUUCAGUGCUCCUGGUCAUGUCUUUUGACCGCUUUUUGGCCAUACGCAACCCUUUGAGAUAUAACUCUAUUCUCACUAGUGCCAGAGUAGCCAAAACAGGGCUGGUGUUUCUCAUCAAAAGCAUACUCUUAGUGCUCCCAUUUCCUUUCACUCUGAAAAGAUUAACAUACUGUAGGAAAAGCCUACUUUCUCACUCCUACUGCUUCCAUCAGGAUGUCAUGAAAUUGGCAUGCUCUGACAACACAGUCAACUUUUUCGAUGGUUUCUUUGUUGCCCUCUGCCUGAUGUCAGACAGUUUGUUCAUUGCUGUAUCCUAUGUGUUCAUCCUGAAGACUGUGAUGGGAAUUGGAUCCCAUAGGGAGUGGCUCAAGGCCCUCAACACCUGUGUCUCCCACAUCUGUGCUGUGCUCAUCUUCUACAUGCCCAACAGCUUAGCCUCCAUGCACCACUUUGGCAAGCACAAGUCUCCAAUGGCCAUGAUCCUCAUUGCUAACAUAUUGUUGCUAGUGCCACCUCUGAUGAACCCCAUUGUGUAUUGUGUGAAGACAAGGCAAAUCCGUCAAAAAGUUCUGGGCAAACUGGGUCUAAAGUAA